AUGGCGGCUUCCAGCGAGUUGAUUUUAGUUCUCAACGCCGGCAGCAGCUCCUGGAAAUAUGCGCUCUUCCGCGCGGCGUCCUCAGGCUGGACUCGGCUCGUUCACGGCCUCGCUGAGGGCAUAGGCACAAGGACGGAAUGCCGGAUCAAAGAGGUGACAUCUGAAGGAAAGAAAGUUCACAACAUCCCCUUGCCAGACCACAGGGCCGCACUACGUCGCGUCUUGGAUUUGUUGCCAAGCAAGGAUGACAUACGAUCAGUCGGCCAUCGGGUGGUUCAUGGAGGCGAGAGCUUUACUAGUGCGACACUCAUCAACAAGGAUGUGCUGAAAGCGGUGCGAGAGGCCUCCAUGUUGGCCCCCCUGCACAAUCCAUGGAACAUCCUCGGAAUCGAGGUAUCUAAAGAGCUCUUUGGAGAAGAGUGUCCGCAAGUGGCAGUGUUUGACACUGCUUUCCAUCAGAGUAUGCCUCCCCAUGCCUACAUGUACGCUCUCCCGUAUGACUUGUACAAGAAGCAUCAUAUCCGCAAGUAUGGAUUCCACGGUACCUCCUACGUCUACGUCUCGGAAGAGGCAUCUCGAGUACUAGGGAAGCCCAUUGAGGAAUUGAACAUCAUCGCCUGUCACAUGGGCAAUGGUGCCUCCAUGUGUGCCAUCAAGAACGGACGAUGCGUGGAUACAACUAUGGGAAUGACUCCCUUGGAUGGCUUGGUAAUGGGCACCCGAUGUGGGGAAAUGGACCCAGCCAUUCCCAUGUAUCUCACGGAGCACCUGGGCUACAGCAUGAAAGAGGUCAAUGACAUGCUGAAUAAGAAGAGCGGCCUCCUGGGUCUUUGUGGAUGUUCAGACAACCGGGAUGUGGAGCAUGAGUACUGCAAGGGAACGCCCCUGGGUAAGCUGGCAAAGGAAGUGCAGAUCUACCGGACCAGAAAAUAUUUGGGAGCCUUCAUGGUAGCCUUGGAUGGACGGGUGGAUGCCUUGGUCUUUACCGGUGGUAUUGGGGAGCAUUCGCAUUUGUUUAGGACUUUGGUGUGCCAGGGUUUGGGGAGCCUCGGCUUAGAGUUGGACGAGGAGGCCAAUCAUAUCAAGGAUGGGGACUUCAACGAAAACAUCCGGCUCGAUACCAAGCGCCACUCCACGCAGAUCUGGGUGAUUCCUACAGAUGAGGAGUUGUGCAUCGCGCAGCAGACACAGGCCAGGGUGACGAAUGCCAUCCCUACCGUCAACGUGGAAUGA